CCAUUCCAGCGACGUCAAUCGUUGUUUCGCAGUCACCGAGAGCGGAUCGUCCACGGGUUUUGGAACGCUGAACAUCAACACGUGAAUCUCGUGAUCGUAGUUCUGUGUUGUGGUAUAACUGCUGUGCUGUGCAUUGUGAUUCUACGUUUCAUUGUAGUUGGAAGCUUGCUGGCGAGAAAGGUGGACGUACACAGGACGGACCCGUACCUUACAACGUGCCUUAGCGCUGCCGAGGGCAACGUGCGACCGGUAAAGAAUGAUAGAACUUGCGCUGCAGAGUGAAGCAGAAAGAGUGAACCGGUGCUGUGAGCAACUGUUGCCGGGAUGCUGAAGGUUGAUGUCUGCUCGAGUACGCUGCCUGAACGAGAGUAGUCGGCGGAGUGGUUUGAGCAGUUACAUUAGUACAAUAGUAGUGCGCUCUAACCACGUAGUGACUAGAAGUGAGAAGUUGUCCGAGCGCGACACCACGGCCAAAAGCGAGUUCUAACUCGGCGUUGAAUUAUUCCGAACAGUACGCGUCAUUUCGUGUUUAGAUCGGCACUUGAAUUGGUAGUGUACAUUCAUUAACGCCUAAGUGCUCCAGUGCUCGAUACCAGUGUCUCGUGCAUUACAAGAAUAGUCGUGAAUAAACCAGUAUCAAUCGAUCGCUUAAAGUUAGCACAUCUGAUCCGUACGGUGCGGUUGCAACAUAGUGUGUAGUGAAUAAUAGUGCAAAGAGCUGCAAUUUCGUAGCUAGUCGGUCGUACGCGUAGUGAUCGAUAAUACCAAGAUGAUUGGAGUCAAAUGGACGCCAUUGGCGUUGACAGUCACCGUUAGCUGCUGCAUAAUAGCUCUUUUACCUGUGCAUAUAUCGGCGAAUGAUAACUUGCGGGUAGCGUAUCAGUGGAAAGAAAUUGACUUCGAAUUUCCAAAUGCCGCCGAACGACAGGAAGCGAUCGCUACUAAGCGUUACGUUCCGGAAAAUGUAAUACCGGUCGGAUUGGAGGUUUACAAAAAGCGACUGUUUUUGACACUACCUCGCUGGAAGGAAGGUAUUCCGGCAUCUCUAGGAUAUAUCAAUCUGAACGAAACUACCACUCAAUCGCCCCGUCUACAUCCGUAUCCAAGUUGGAGUGCUCACAAACGCACGAGCGAGACGGAAGCUCCAGAAAUUGUAUCUCCCUUUCGGAUACGAGCUGAUCGCUGCGGACGUCUUUGGGUACUAGAUACUGGCGUUGAAGAGCUGCUAGGCAACGCCACUGUCACUAGCCCAACAUCGCUAUUAGUCUACGAUCUGCACAACGAUAAUCUCUUGCGACGAUACAAAUUUCCCGCCGAUCAUCUCAAAGAGAAUUCAUUCUACGCCAAUAUUGCGGUUGAAGAUACGGAUUGCGAUGACACAUUUGCAUAUGCGGCCGACCUCGGCAGCCCGGGACUGGUCGUUUACUCAUGGAAGCAACAAGAGUCUUGGCGUGUGAAGCAUCACUACUUUCAUCCCGAUCCUCUCGCUGGCAACUAUAACAUCACCGGCAUUAACUUCCAGUGGGACGACGGACUUUUCGGUAUUGCGCUCAAACCACAAUCGGACGGCUAUGCUACGCUUUACUUCCACCCUCUCAGCUCGCUAAAUGAGUUCUCGGUGUCAACGAAGGUGCUGCGCAACCAAACGUAUGCGACGGACCCGGCGAACUUCCAUGAGUUUAAGAUCCUGGGAUCUCGCGGUCCAAACGGGCAGGCGGGUGUUGCGUUCGUGGAUCGGAAAACAGGAGUUCUGUUUUACGCGCUGCCCAACCUAAAUGCCGUUACGUGCUGGAAAACAUCCAACCGUGCAUACACCAUCAAAUCGCUCGGACGGGUAUAUAUGAGCACCAUCGAUAUGGUGUUCCCCAAUGACGUGAAGGUGGACGACGAAAGUAACCUCUGGGUGCUGUCGGAUCGACUACAUCAGUACAUGUAUGAGUCACUGAAUCGAAACGAUAUCAACUUCCGUGUUCUUACGGCAACGGUUAAGGACGCGAUACAAAACACAGCUUGUGACACGAAUAUUAAGCCACUGCCAGACAUUAUUACCAAUCUGGGCGACAUUUUACGACCCUCGACCAGUACAGUUGCACCCAGGACUGGCUCUAACGGUGCCGUUUCAUUGCACUUAUCUACCGAUGGCGUGAUGGCUGUCUUUUCGAUGCUUGCCGUCCUGCUAAUGAUGUCUAACUGCUUCAGGAUAUAAGAGAUGGUCACACUGUAGCACCGCAGAGUUCCAAUAUUAUUCUCUCUGUUUGCUGAGCAUCCAAAAUCAGGGAUACGUGUUAGAUUACUGCAACGACGAAAACCAGUUGUGUACUUACUAUUUCGUUCGUGUAGGAAAUAGCAAUAUACAUAGUAGUGCAUCGUGUUAUUUGUUUUCCUUUGAGUUUUAAGUCAGUAUUGAAUUGAAUGGAGGCAAAGAGGUAUCGUAUUGCAGUAGGAAAAAAAAUAAUGUUAUUGGCACGAUGAACGAUAAGCAUCUGCUCUAACCAUGUUCACAUACAGUUCCAUUUCACAAGGCCAAAUGUUGGUCGCAUCUUUGUUCUAGGACUUUUGUAGUACUACGUUCUUCCUGGAACUGUUUUAUUCUUCGAUUGCUUGCAUCUUUCCACGCCAGCUUCUUUGAUCACCACAGACACAUUUCAUUCUAUCCUGAGCCAUAGCUGUUACGGGAUUUUGUUUUGUAACAGUUCGAGUGCAGCUGUGUCAUAAUUGUUAAUUAUUAGUCAACGUACCAAAAUAAAUGUAGAAAAACAAACGACCGUUGUAAUAAAUUAAAUUUCUAUUUACAUUGGAACAUAAGAAGCGUCGGUUUAAAAGUGUCAAA